AUGCGCGAGUUUGAACGCGAUUUCAUGGACCGGGCUCGGAAAAACAGGGAAAGUCGCGAAUUCAAGCCCAGCAAUGAACGCGAGGUAGAGUUAACUCGUUUUCACGAAAAGGAGGAUGAAUUUGGUCCGGAAAGAUUCCUUUUUAUUUCAAAUCCGUUAUUAAAAGUUGCAAAAAACAAAAGUUGAUUUCACUAUUUCACAGUGUAAUUUUUCCUGUUAGUAUGUUUUUUUUUGUAAAUUGUCUGAAAUUCGAGUAAAAUUUAUUCGCAAAAGGUUCUCGAACACAAAGCAGAGUUAUAAAACAAUUCAAAAUGAAAAUUACUUCAUUUUAGCCCUAAUUUUAACUUGCAAAUUUUUUAAUGAAACGCCAAAAUCCAGGUCGUCUACAACGAUAAGAAGUACGUGAUGCAAAUCGACGUUCCGGACUUCCGACCCGAAGAAAUCAAAGUGAACUUGGAUGGACGAAAAUUGACGGUUGAGGGGAAACAUGAGUCUCACUCGGAGCACGGGUCUUCCAAUAGGUUCUUAUCAGAUUUCUAGGUCAUAGAGAAAACAUGACAUUAAUGCUAUUUUUUAGAAAUUUUCAAAUGGCGCUGAGAAAAAAAAGCGAAAAAAUGUAUAAAGUUGCUUUCUAAUUUGAACGCUGGACCUCCUUUUUACAAUUUUUAGUGAAAUUUUUUACAAUAUUAUUGUUUUUAGCUUUCACACCGUUGUUUUUAAACUUCGACUUUUUCGUUUGAGAUCCUUCUCGCGAAGCUUCAUGCUGCCUGAAGACGUCGACAUUGACGCCUUGAAAUCUUCACUGGCCAACGGGAAACUUUCGAUCGAAGGGCCGAGAAUAGUCCAGCAAAGCAUUCAUCCCAUUCCAAUUCACAUCAACAGGAAGAAAUAA